AUGUCAACAUACGCAGAAUUGGUCAAGGGGCUCUCUGGUGCUGAUAUCCUUCAAAAAUGGCCAGAAAUCACUCCUCUUAAGAAGAUUUCUGGAGUUCCAACCUCGGCAGGAUCAUCUACUGAAGGUUCAAACGAUGGACUUUUUGAAGGUCAUGACGAAGAACAAAUUAAACUUAUGGAAGAAUUAUGUAUUAUUUUGGACAAUGACGACAAACCUGUUGGUGCUGGUACCAAGAAAUUGUGCCAUAUUAUGGAUAACAUUAAUGAAGGUCUUUUACAUCGUGCCUUUUCUGUAUUUCUGUUUAAUGAAGAUGGUAAAUUAUUGUUACAACAAAGAGCUGAUGAAAAGAUCACUUUCCCAUCCAUGUGGACAAACACUUGUUGUUCUCAUCCAUUAUGUGUUAGCUCUGAAUUGGGUAUAACUGCCCCUGAAGGUACCAAUGAUCUUAAUGAUUUGGAUACUGCCAUUGCUGGUGCCAAGGUUGCAGCCCAAAGAAAGUUGGAACAUGAAUUGGGUAUUCCAAUCAAGGAUUCUCCUUUUGAAGCCUUCCAAUACUUGACUAGAAUUCAUUAUAAGUCUGCUAGUGGUGAUGAAACUUCCAAAUGGGGUGAACAUGAAAUCGAUUACAUUUUGAUCAUCAGAACUCCAAAUGACAUAACGAUAGAUGCCAACUACAAUGAAGUCAAGGACUACAGAUACGUAAGUCAAGAGGAAUUAAAGGCUAUGUUUGAAGAUGAUAAGCUUGUAUUUACCCCAUGGUUCAAGUUGAUUUGUCAAACCUUUUUGUUCAAAUGGUGGAAUAAUUUGGACAACUUGGCUGAAAACAAAGAUGAUAUUAUUCACCGUUUGUUAUAA